AUGCCUUCAGAGUAUGUUCAUCGUCAAGUUUUUCGAGUACAUAUAUUCCAAGUACGGAAACGAGUCAUGACUGAUGCUACGACGCAGGCAGGCAGCUGGAACCAAAUUUUCAACGAGAUCGUAUCCCGGGAGGAUGUCCGACUCAGAGUAAUGCGGGAGCUGGUGAAUAACCCGCAGUCUGGGGUAGCUCCCUAUCUGGAGGAUCUUCGGGCCGAGAACCUCAGCGCCGAAGAAUUUGAGCAGAGGGCCUUGGAACUGCUGGAGGGAAUAUCGCUCUCUUACCUGACGGACUUAUACGUGCAGACAAUGCCGCUGCAAUAA